ACUUGGGAAAGUCUCUUCUCCUGGUAAACAUAGGGGGUAGCCCAGGCCCUUCAGAUAAGUCUACUCUCUAACUUGCUGGGCACCCGGGCAACCCUUCCCUUCCUCAGGCCUCAGUUUCCUCCUCGGUACAAGAGAAGGGGGGCUUCCCAGAGGAGUAUGUCCCGUCUCUGAAGAACAAAGGCAGAAGAGGGGGCAGCUGGAAGACUGACAAGGAGGUCAUCUCUCUGGAGAAGGCAGCAGGGUCUGGGCUGGACAGCUGCCUUGAGAAUCCUAAAGGCAGUCAAGGGCAAGAGGGUGGCCAGAAUGAAACUUGGGCUCUACAUCUUCCUCCUCUCCCUGGUCACGUGGGUCAGGGCACAGCCCAGGGGACCCUCUGAGAAUGGGGCAAAAUCCCCAUCGUCAGACAGGCCACAGGGGCGACCAGAGCCCACCAACCUGAGCAUGCCUCUCCUGCCAGCCGACUUCCACGAGAAGAACACAGUAACGCACGACCUGAUGGUAGAGGAGGAGGAGGAGGAGGACUACCUGGACCUGGAGAAAAUCUUCAGCGACGAUGAUGACUACAUCGACAUCAUCGAUGCCGUCUCACCCACGGACCCGGAGGCCAAGCCGGGAAACCUCCUGGAGCUGUUCCAAGGCAAGAGUCGCAUCCAGCGGCUCAACAUCCUCAACGCCAAGUUUGCUUUCGACCUGUACCGGACCCUGAAGGAGGCGGCCGAGCCCAACAGCAACGUCCUCCUCGCCCCGGUGGGCGUCUCUACCGCCAUGGCCAUGAUCUCCCUGGGGCUCGGGGGCAGCACCCACGAGCAGGUCCACGCGGCCCUGCACUUCAAGGACUUCGUGAACGCCAGCAGCAAGUAUGAGACACAGACGGUGCACAACCUCUUCCGCAAGCUGACCCACCGGCUCUUCAGGAGGAACUUCGGCUACACUCUGCGCUCCGUGAAUGAGCUCUACGUGCACAGGCGGAUCCCCAUCCUGGAGGCCUUCCAGACCCAGAUGAAGGAGUUUUACUUUGCCGAGGCCCAGCGCGCCGACUUCUCCGAGCCUGCCUUUGUCAGCAAGACCAAUGAGCACAUUCUGAAAGUGACCAAGGGCCUGAUCAAGGACGCGCUGGGGAGCAUAGAGCCCCUGACCCAGAUGCUGAUCCUGAACUGCAUCUACUUCAAAGGUACCUGGGUGAACAAAUUCCCAGCGGAAAUGACACAUAACUCCAAUUUCCGCCUCAACGAGAAAGAGGUGGUCAAGGUCCCCAUGAUGCAGACCAAAGGCAACUUCCUUGUGGCCAACGACCAGGAGCUGGACUGUGAUGUGCUCCAGCUGCAGUACGUGGGGGGCAUCAGCAUGCUGAUCGUGAUGCCCCACAAGCUGGCAGGCAUGAGGGCCCUGGAGGCCCAGCUCAGCCCACAGGCGGUGGAGAGAUGGCAGAAAAGCAUGACCAAUAGAACACGUGAGAUUCGUCUGCCUAAGUUCAAGCUGGAAAAGAACUACAACCUGGUAGAUACUCUGAAAUCGAUGGGUAUAACCGAACUAUUUGAUCACAACGGAGACUUCUCCGGAAUAUCGGACCAAAAACUCGUCAUUGACUUGUUCAAGCAUCAAGGCACCAUCACGGUGAACGAAGAGGGGACCCAAGCGGCUGCUGUGACCACCGUGGGCUUCAUGCCCCUCUCCUCACAAGUUCGGUUCAUCGUUGACCGGCCUUUCCUGUUUCUCAUCUAUGAGCACCGCACCAGCUGUUUGCUCUUCAUGGGCCGCGUUUCCAAUCCCAGCAAGUCUUAGAUGGGGAGGCUGGGAGGCUCCUGUUGGAUCCUGGGAGAAUUCCCUUUCUGGUGAAACAAUGCUUGAAGGGGAUUUGUUCGCAAUGCUACUUUCAUAACCCACCGUGCCAAGUGAACGCACGGGCCGGGUCUCCCAACAGAAAUCACUACGCGUAGGCAUUCUGUUGGCAUCACUCUGUGUAGCAAACAGGGUCCAGAAUCCAGAGAAGCUGUGUGUGUCUGCACAGUCAAUGAAUCAUUAAAAGUAUCCUUAAGGAGAUGAUCUGAUUUCCUGUUUCUUUAGUGUUUUGGACCCACACAGGUCUUGGUUCCUUUGCUCUUUGGGCCUCCAGCCAUGCUGGGAAGGAGCUAACGGCCUUUCCCCAUGAUGCCGGGCUCUCCCUGACCAAGGCACUGGGUAUGGUGUGGGGCUAUGUCACUCGCUGGGAUGGGGAGGGUCGGAGGUUCUCUCUCUAGACACCAAUAAAGAUAAACCACUUUUAA